UCUGUGUCCCUUCCAGCUGCUGUCCUCUACGUGGGCCCACCUUUCCCCGGCGCCCGACUCUCCGUGGCCCGGGAGGGUUCAGUGCGACAUUGAUUUCGAAGUUUCGCGAUUCUAGCAUCAGGCGCUUGUGCAGUAGGAGCAGGGUUCUGGUAACAAAGCAAUCGAUCCUCGAGUUCUAUAACAAUAGUCGGCAAAAUGGUUUUCAUCCUUGGAGUCAACUUUUCCGAGCAGAAGCUCGUGAAGAAGGCACUCGAGUCCUUCUUUGCCCUCGGACCGACCACAUCGCACCGCAUCUUGGCCAAGUACUCGAUCUCCCCAAUGGUCAAGGUCGGCGCCCUACCCCCCAAGACCGUCACAGCCCUGACGGCAGAGCUCUCGACGAUGACGAUAGAGAAUGACGCGCGAAAAAUAAUACGUCAGAACGUCAUGAGACUAAAGGACAUGGGAAGUUACCGGGGGAGACGACACGCCAUGAACCUGCCCGUUAGAGGACAACGGACGAGAACCCAGAUCGAGACGGCGAAGAAGCUCAACCGUGCCGAAAGGAAAUGGUGAGAGGCUCGGUCGGAGAAUUUUUGUGAACAGCACAUUGCUUGGAGUUUGGAGAUGGCCUACAUCCGAGACCGUCAACUGUACAAGAUAGAGGGGUGCUUAGAGUGCCUGGACAUGUAUGAAUACGAC